AUGGAAACAAAAUAUGUAUGCAGGCUUCUCUCUUUAAUCUUCUCAAUUCUCAUUUACAAGUUUCUGACAAAUGCAAGAAAACGCCGCCAGAAUCUGCCACCAAGUCCGCCGUCAGCGCUUCCAAUCAUUGGCCACCUUCACCUCCUGAAAUCUCCACUCCAUAGAAUCCUACAUCAGUUCUCACAGAAACAUGGACCCAUAUUUUCCCUCCGCUUCGGUGCCCGCUUUGUGGUGGUUGUUUCAUCAUCACAUUUGGUCAAAGAAUGUUUCAUCAUGAACGACCUCGUUUUGGCCAAUCGUCCUCGUACCGCCAUUAGCAAGUAUUUCGGCUACAAUAACACCACCAUUAUCUUCGCCCCCCACGGUGACCACUGGCGGAACCUCCGCCGCCUGUGCGAUGUCGAAAUAUUUUCCUCGUCUCGACUCAACACGUUUCUUCCUAUUAGGCUAGACGAGAUCAAUCGUUUACUGUGCAAAUUAUACAAAAUUUCGUCGGCCGGGUUCGCCAAGGUGAAUUUCGAAGCAACACUUAUGGAGAUGACCUUUAAUAACAUAAUGAGAAUGCUUGCUGGAAAACGGUAUUACGGAGAGGAUGCAGAGGAGGAUGAAGAGGCAAAGCGGUUCAGGGAGCUUAUAAAAAAGGGUUUGCAACUGAGUGCUGCUUCUAAUCCUGGCGAUUUUUUUCCCAUUUUAGGAUGGAUUGGUUACAAUAGUUUUGAGAAAAAAUUAGCCACACAUAAGGAAAAAAGUUACAAAUUCAUGCACAGCCUCAUUGAAGAACACCGGCGACGGCGGCGGAAUGGCAAGCUGGAAAACACAAUGGUUGAUCAUCUGCUUUCUUUGCAAGAAUCAGAACCCGAAUACUAUACUGAUCAAAUCAUCAUUGGGCUUGUUCUUGUAAAUCUCUACUCUCAAAAUCAAUAUCUUUCGUUUAUAUUUGCAGCAUUUAUCUUCAAAUAA